GGCCAAGGCCAAGGGUGGUGCUUUUGACUGCUGAACGUACUUUCUGGGCAAUAUUCUUGUUAAAUUCGCGGAAGCCAAUUUCUCGAUGAAAAUUCCCGGAAUCAAAAUCAAAGACGUGCUGAGCUGUUCCCCUCCGAGUUUCCGAUAUCUUGUUCUCUUUUCCUGCUCCCUCAUUCCUUAAUACGUUUAAGACCAACUUUAUUGCAGGCCGUAAUAGGAUGCGAGGUGUUUUAAACUCAUCCAUUGUGUCUGGGUAACUCACGGACCCAUCUGUCUGGGAACUAUCUCGCGUAUAGUUUGCCUCCGAAUGUCACUGUGGUUUAAAGACGCCUCGCUCUGCUUCCUUCUCCACGCGUCUGUUGCUGUUACCAUUACCAUUUUUCCUUUUCCUAUUCUUCUCUGACAAUGAGAUCAUUCUGGUAGCAUUCUGCUUCUCAUUUCCCGUCUUUUGACCUUCAAGCGGUUCGCGGUAGAUAUUGAGAGAGAGAGAGAGCUCAGCUUGUUGGAAAACUGAAAAAGUUAUCCAUAUUAUUUGUUUCUCUCCGAGUUUUGUUCUUCCUGAGAUCGGACCCAGAAAUGAAGUCCUUCUCCAAUUGGUCCGGGAAAGAACCUCCCCGAGGGACCCCUGUGGUGGUGAAGAUGGAGAACCCCAAUUGGUCCAUGGUUGAGCUUGAAGGUCCUUCAGAGGAAGAAUUCCUCGUCACCGACCCAUCGGGUUAUCCAAGAGAUAAGGGCAGAGGCAAAAAUGCGAAGCAACUCACAUGGGUUCUUCUCCUCAAAGCCCACAGAGCAGCCGGUUGCCUGACCUCCAUUGCGUCCGCAUUGUUGGGCCUAGCCUCAGCUGUGAAGCGCCGAGUAGCUUCCGGAAGAACAGACGCCGAUGCCGACAACGAAAACGAAAGUCGUGGCGGCAGGGAAAAAGAGAACCCCACUGUGAAAAGCAGGUUUUAUUCGUUUAUAAAAUUGUUCCUGUGGCUGUCCGUGCUUCUGCUGUGUUUCGAGGUGGCUGCCUACUUUAAAGGUUGGCAUUUUGGUGCGCCCCAUCUCCAACUUGAUUAUACGUGGGUAGCCUCAUUUGGUGUUAGAGAUGUUUUCGAUUGGCUGUAUUCGCGGUGGGUCUUGUUUCGGGUGGCCUAUCUUGCUCCUCCUCUGCAACUCCUGGCCAAUGUAUGUAUUGUGCUGUUCCUUAUUCAGAGUCUGGAUAGAUUAAUUCUAUGUCUCGGAUGUUUCUGGAUUCGGUUGAAGAAGAUCAAACCUGUUCCGAAAGAAGGUGCGGUGGAUCUUGAGUCCGGUGAGAAAGGUUUCUUCCCUAUGGUGCUUGUGCAGAUUCCCAUGUGUAACGAGAGAGAGGUUUAUCAACAAUCAAUUGCUGCUGCUUGUCAUUUGGAUUGGCCAAAACCCAAGUUGCUAAUACAAGUUCUUGAUGAUUCCGACGACCCGAACACACAAUCUCUGAUCAAGGAAGAGGUCAAAAAAUGGCAGCACGAGGGUGCCAACAUUUUAUACCGGCAUCGGGUGAUAAGAGACGGAUACAAGGCUGGUAAUCUCAAGUCUGCCAUGAAUUGUAGCUAUGUAAAAGACUAUGAUGUUGCUAUUUUUGAUGCUGAUUUUCAACCUGCCCCGGAUUUCCUGAAGAGAACAGUUCCUCAUUUCAAGGACAAUGAGGAAUUAGGACUAGUUCAAGCGAGAUGGUCCUUCGUGAACAAGGAUGAGAACCUGCUAACACGGUUGCAGAACAUUAACUUGGCAUUCCAUUUUGAGGUGGAACAGCAAGUAAAUGGUGUUUUCAUCAAUUUCUUCGGGUUCAAUGGAACUGCUGGAGUGUGGAGAAUCAAGGCUUUAGAGGAAGCUGGUGGGUGGUUAGAGAGGACCACGGUUGAGGACAUGGACAUUGCCGUUCGGGCUCAUCUUCAUGGCUGGAAAUUUAUUUAUCUCAAUGACGUUGAGUGCCAAUGUGAAGUGCCAGAGUCUUAUGAAGCUUACAGGAAACAACAACAUAGGUGGCAUUCUGGUCCAAUGCAACUAUUCCGCCUUUGUUUGCCUGACAUCAUACAGUCUAAUAUAAGCAUGUGGAAGAAAUUCAAUUUGAUCUUUCUCUUCUUUCUACUCAGAAAACUGAUAUUGCCCUUCUAUUCAUUCACCCUGUUCUGUAUAAUUCUGCCUAUGACAAUGUUUGUUCCAGAGGCUGUGCUUCCUGAAUGGGUUGUAUGUUAUAUCCCUGCGGUCAUGUCAUUUCUCAACAUCCUUCCAGCCCCAAAAUCCUUUCCCUUCAUUGUACCCUACCUUCUUUUUGAGAAUACCAUGUCUGUUACUAAAUUUAAUGCUAUGAUCUCUGGCCUACUGCAACUCGGUAGCGCAUAUGAGUGGAUUGUGACUAAGAAGUCUGGUCGUUCCUCCGAGGGUGAUCUUGUUGCAUUGGUUGAGAAAACCCCGAGGCAUCAACGAGGGGCAUCAGUGCCUGAUCUUGAGGAAAUGAAGGAAGUAAUCCUACGAGAGGAGGAAAAAGCAUCUAAGAAGAAGCAUAACAGAAUAUACUUGAAGGAGCUUUCUUUGGCUUUUCUUCUUUUAACAGCAUCGGCAAGGAGUCUCCUCUCUGCUCAGGGAAUCCACUUCUACUUCUUGCUAUUCCAAGGAAUUUCCUUCCUGUUAGUCGGUCUAGACUUGAUUGGGGAACAGGUUGACUGAUAUCUCUCUGUAAAUAUACACGGCUGAUGCAUACAAGCAAACCUGGGAGGCCGCCCGUGCCUUGUGCCGUCAAUCAAUUAUCGCAGUUAUGCGGACACUCAUCCUCUUUUGUUCAGGCUUCUUAUCCAUGUCCAUCCACCAUACGACAGAUAUCAGUGUUUUGGAACACAAAAAACUUGACUUCCCCGGGUAAAUCAGAAGAUGGUUACGCCUCUUCGUUGUGUAAGAAUACUAUUAUUGUUAUUAUUUUUUUUCCCACUUGUAAACUGUCGAUUCUUUUGUUGUUGGACCAAUUCUUUUGUAAGAAAAUUUGUGCUUCAAAUAUCAGCGGAGGAAUCUAGUUACACAGAAAAG